AUGGACAAAAGUGAAACUGCUUUAACUCCACAACGGUUGAGAAGUUCAGGAAGUGUUCCCAGUUCAGCCCACCAUUUUGCAUCUUCAUCUAAUCACAUUGAUACUCAAACUGUAGCUCAUCACUCAAGGAAUAGGUCUUCUAAGACAACUAGUGAUUUUGUUAGUCCUCGUUCUGUGUUCCUUGAAUGGAAAUUUUCGUCAAAUUCUCGGAGGGGCACAACCAAUGGCUUUGCAAAAAAUUCCUAUAGUAGUUUCAACAGAAAUCAUCGUGAUAAAGACCGCGAUAGAGAUAAAGAUAGAUCCAACGGUUUAGACCACUGGGAUCGUAAAUGUUCUGAACCAUUGGCCGACCUCUUCUUAGUAAGGACAAAGAGGGAUCCUCUGCGGCGCUCUCAUUCAUUGGUCUCUAGAAAACAGAACGAGCUUGCUAACCACAUAGGGGCUGUAGAUACUAAAUCUGCUGGCAACUUCAACCAGAGCAAUGGCAGUGAUGCACUUUCUGGUGGUAGUAUCAGUAGCAGUUAUCACAAAGCUGUUUUCGAUAAAGAUUUUCCAUCACUCGGUGGAGAUGAAAGACCCGGGUCAGCCGAACAAGGCACAUUUUCUGGGCAAGUUCAAUGCAAAUUCAUGAGGAAGAGCAUAAACGGUUUGGUUCUAAUUCCUUCAAAUCUCAAACAAUCUUGA